AUGGAGUCGAAUCGAACAGAAGAUGCAUUUGCGUGUGAAUGGACGGGAUGCACAAAGGCAUUUGCAGACGCAGAGACGCUGUACAACCACUUGUGUGCAGACCAUGUAGGCCGCAAGUCGACCAACAACCUCUGCCUGACGUGUCACUGGAAAGACUGUGGGACGACGUGUGCAAAGCGAGACCACAUUACGAGCCAUCUCCGAGUACAUACCCCGCUCAAGCCGCACCAGUGCGAUGUGUGCCAAAAGACGUUUAAACGGCCCCAGGAUCUCAAAAAGCACGAAAAGAUUCACACAGAGGCCCAUCACCAACAGCACAAGCACUCAAAGGCCAUUACCGUCAAAGAGUCACAUCCAUCCAUCUCAUCUGCAAACAACUCUAGCAAUAGCAGCAAUUCAAGCGGCACCAGCGGCGGAGGCAGUGUCGCAAGUCUGCUCGACGGCGUCACUGCCGAGCAACUCAAGCACGCUUUGCUCAUCAAUGCAUUGGGAGGUCUCCUUGGCGGCCAAGGCCUUGGAACUACCCGCGCUCCCAAACGCCGUCUAGACGUUGAUGACCUGGUGAAUGAUAUUAUCAAGAAGCGACGAUUGGACCCGACGUACAACGAUGGCAAGUAUUCCUCCGACUGGCCGCAGCCAUCUGGUCAGCAGCACCAACAGCAGCAGCAGCAGCAGCAGCACCAACAGCAACCAUCACAGCAAUACCAGGCAGCGACAGCACCACAACAGCAGCACCAGCCAUCGCUCGCAGUCUCCCCAAUGACUUCGCUCAGGACGCUCCAGUCCCUCUCGACGCCCUCGCUCUCCAAUGCGUCCUCCGUCUCGCCACCCGCGGUCAAUAUGCGUAUCAACAACAAGCAACCCGACCUCCCAGAUACCUUUCCUCGCUCCGUCUCCGUCGACAUUAAUACCCCAGAGGAUCUCGCGGCGGUCAAUGCCUUUUUGCUCGCUCUCGGUCGUGACGUGACGGGUCUCCCUCGUUCACCUCCUCAACCCGUUCAUCCUCUGUUGCAACCUCGUCGCCCCAUGUCAGAAUACAUCCCACACGAAAACUGGUUCAACGACGACGCGCUUGCCUCGAUCGGCCUCACUGGUCUCCCGGGACUCCCUGGAUCGACAUUGCCAGUGCAUGAUGAUCUCUACGGUCGCGAUUUGCACAGCUCGCGUCUCUUUAAUCGACCGUCGCACCUGAGCACGCAUUCGGACCUCUCGUCGCUUUACCCUUCGCUCGACCUCGGUGUCCCGCGCUUUGGUGCACGCGAUACUGGUCUCGGACAUUCCCUCACGGGCACUCCUCCUGCGAAUACAGGUAGUCCAUUGAGCACCACCAGCAGCUCUGCCGCUUCCUCCCACGGUCCCUCUACGAAUGCGCCUGGCGGAUACCCAAGCUCGCCGUAUGAUGGUCCACUCUCCUCGACCAGUGGUAGUGGUCGACACGAUGCCUUUGGCUCGUACGAUUCGUCGAGUCUCCGUGUCUCGUUUGAUUCGCUCAAGGCACCUUCCCCACCGUCUCUGCUCCUCCAACACCCGACGCUUGGACCACGUGAGGGUGCAGGCAUUCUUGGAACUGGACCCAAGUCUUCGCUCUUCCUCCAGACGGCACCACUAAAGGCCGUGCGCGAACGCGAAGAAGCUCUCCGUAAAAAGGAAGCAGAAGAGGAAUUGGAUGGAGAGACGACGCCUGUUCAAGAAUCACGAGAUGUCGAAAUGGAGAGCAACUCGCAUCACUCGACUCCUGAACCUCAAGAAGGUAGUGGAAGCGAUAGCGAUUCGCCAGAUUCGGAGACGGGCGUCCAUAAACCGUCUCAUGCGCUCUAUUCGCUCGUUCAUCAAGAAGGCGAUCCGGCGCUCAAGUUGCCCGCCCUGACGUUGCCGUCGAAAAAGGUUUCGGAACCGACACCGUCGUCGAUUUAUCCUAGCUUUGACGCGCCUCCACGCACCGCGUCGUCGUCAUCGUCGUCGUCGUCGGCAUCAUCUGCGACUUCGGACGACUCUUCGAGUUCGUCUCUUUAUCCUUCGCUCGGCAGUGUACCUUCUUCGCGCACCAAAUUGCCGUCCAUUGCCUCUGUCGUCGUCGCUUCACCCCCGUCGACACCUGGCUCUGAUCUGGCGUCGCGCGUUAGUGAUAUUGGGAUCAAGGAUUCACCGCAGAGUACAGACGGAUCGCUCCCGGCUACGCCUACCAACAACACCGCUGGCUCGUCGCGUCCCAAAGUGUCGUAUGAUGAACGUGUCCGACAUGCUGCGUUUAUCCGUGCGUUGCUCGUGCAUAUAAAUACGGAUUAUGUGCGUCGAUUUGGCACAGAGGGGUUGCAGCCAAAGACGGUCGAGAGGAGUCGAACGCCGUUUGAGGAUGCGAUGGAGGUUGACGCCGUUUGA